AUGCGCAGCGCAAACCGGCCGCGAUUGCGCAGAUCAGCGCCAUCAAGGCUGGCAGCGAGCGAGGCUGCGGGGCCGCGCCUGGUGGAGCCUGCGGUCGCUCGGUUUAAUUAUUUAACUGUGAAGGUCGAGCGCCCGAGGCGGCGGCGGCUCGGCGACGGCCAGACAGCUAGCCGCCCGCUCGGGAGGAGACUCGCAACACGUUCACUAUACAUACUAUGCUCUACGAGCGGCAGCGACGACCAGCGACCACCUACCACCUACCACCACGUACAGAUCACAUACACACAUAGCGCCCCUACAGAUAUACAUCUAUCGUAA